UAGGCAAACUGACAGGGAGAGCAACAAGGGGAGCAGGUCUAGAGUAUCUUCAGGCGGGUUUGGGGCUCCACCUUUAAGCUUCCCGCAGGACCUGUAAGGGUGAGAAAAUGCUUAAUAACCAGUAAGCUAGGAACCAAAAGCCAGUCACCCCCAAGUGCCACAAGGCCACCGGGCCUCACAGCGUCAACUGCUCCUUCCGGUCACCCUCACAAUCGGCCAAUCCACAGCCAUCACCACAGGACAGGCGCCUCCCUGGACCCCCCGGAGAUGACCCGCGCCUUCUGAGGCAGACACAAUGGGCUUGAUAUCACAGGGACUUAUCCCAACCGGCCCACGCCGCGGUCUUAGGGCCUAACAACACCUCACCCACGCUGCUCACGGCGCGAGGCCAUCGCUCCCGCCUCGCCGGAAGGCACGGCCGGAAGGGGCGGGCGCUGCGCCCGGCGGGACCUUCGCGCCAUGGCCUCUCGUGGCGUCGUUGGCAUUUUCUUGCUCUCCGCUCUCCCUCUCUUGUGUCUGGAGCUCCGGCGCGGAAUCCCGAGUCUCGGAAUUAAAGAUCUCGUUUUGCUGAGUGGCCGGAUGUUCCUGGUGCUCGCCCUGCUGACGUUCGUCAUCUCUUUGGCCACCUCCUGGUUUGACUCAUGCAAGCCUUCCCAGGUCCACCCGAAAGAAGAAGAAGAAGAGAAUGAGAAAAGACAAAGACUUGUGAGGAAGAAGCAGCAGGAGGCCCAGGGGGAGCAGGCCAGCAGAUAUAUACAGAAUGUUUUAAAACCUCAACAGGAAAUGAAAUUGAAAAAACUAGAAGAACGCUUUUAUCAAAUGACAGGUGAAACCUGGAAAUUAACUACUGGCCACAAACUUGAGGAGGAUGAAGAUUUGGUGCUUGACAAUUCCAGUCAGGUGUCUUUUGAAACAGCAAACAGAGAAGCAGCAAGGAGACGGAACUUGCCCAAGCUUUUAACUGAAAUACCACCGCCUACUCCACAGCCUGCCAAGAAGGAGGUUCCCAAUUUACCCGAAGAACCACCAGAAACAGCUCAAGAGGUGGUUACAGUUGCCCUUCGAUGCCCAAGUGGACAUGUUUUGAGGAGGAGAUUUUCCAAGUCUUGGAAUUCACAGGUUUUACUUGACUGGAUGAUGAAAAUCGGGUACCACAAAUCCCUAUACAGCCUUUCCACUUCCUUUCCCAGAAGGCCUCUGGAAGCGGAGGGAGGCUUGUCACUGGAGGACAUAGGAAUAACUGUGGAUACGGUACUUAACGUGGAAGAGAAAGAACAGAGUGGCCAGUAGAGUCACAUCUACCUGUUGUCAUUAAAGUCGAUACACGGGACCUCACAGGGCAGUGUUUACAUUAAAGCCAUGCUGUACCCUGAACUCUUCUUGUUCAUAGGAGCACACCUACAUACAGUGGAAGAGGAUUGUCAUCUUACAUUGUACCAAAGUGAGAACAAGGUAAAAACGUAAGACAGACAUCUGAUAUCAGGUCUCAGCCAGACCAUCUAAAACAAAACAAACCAACUCUUACCUAAGAACUGUGAUUUCUGUUUGUUGAAUCCACCUUACCACAGCAUUUUACAAUUCAAAAUCUUCAAGUAGGAAUGUUGAUUCUACUGUAUUUCUAAAAAGUUAAAGACUUUAAAGAAAUUGCAGAGUGGACUGAUCCUAUGUAAUUUUGACUUAAAUCUGGGGAUGAAGUUUUUGAAGCAUGAUUUUUGGGGAACAUAUUGAAACUACAGUAAAUAAGGCCAUUGUUGGUAGGUGCAUUAGGAGUGUGAGCUGUUGUUUUUGUAUGCACUGAUACCCUUAGAGUCUGUCUUAAGGUAUCUUUCUUAAUCUUCUUUUUGUUUGUUUUUAGAGACAGGAUUUCUCUGUGUAAAAGCUCUGGCUGUCCUGGAACUCAGAUCCACUUGCCUCUGCCUCCCAAGUACUGGGUUUAAAGGCAUGUGCCACCACAGCCCUGCUAAUUUAUUCACAAUUUUAAGUACAAAAUUUGGAACGUCUGUUUUAAUAACUAUAGACAUUGUAAAUAUAACAGGAAACUUUAAAAGCCAAGAUGGGUUGUCUCUUUUGACCUAGAAAUAGGAAUAAAUUAAGAAAUUUCAGAGUGGACAUGAGACCCUGUCUCCAAAAUAUUAAAGAUUAAGAUACUAAACCAGGUGAUGGUGCGUGCCUUUAAUCCCAGCACUUGGGAGGCAGAGGCAGGAGGAUCUUUGUGAGUUUGAGGCCAGCUUGAUCUACAGAGCAAGUUCCACGACAGCCAAGGCUAUUCAGGGAAAUGCUGUUUCAACCCUCCCCAGCCCUGCCCAAAAGAAUAAAUUAAUACAAACCACCCAAUGAAAUGUUUAGAAAUGUGAAAAUGGAUUUUUUCAAAUUAAUAUUUAAUUUAAUGCUUAUUCUCAUUACUUUCAAGCUAACAUGGUCUUAUAACAAAGAAUAAAAAUGAAAUUUCAAAUCUUACAAAAGAUUGGGGAUUCCAUAAAGUCAACAAAAGUAUUUCUUAAAUUCCACAUGAAACCAGUGACCAGAACAGAGUUAAGCCAGCCAGCAAUGGAAGAUACAAAUUAGCAAGAACAAUGACAACAGGGUGUAAAAAUGGAUUUUUAAUGGUCUAAAAGUUAUCAGCAAAUACUUGACUUUGUUCUGCUUUAAAUGUAAACUAUAAACAAACAUUA